AGCACGCCCCUGACGUCCGGACGCUCGGUUUCCUCAGAAAGCUCUGUAAUCGCCGGCGGGAGCGAAGCAGGGCGUCCGUGUGGGGAGCUGCUAUGGUGCGGAGUUCCCGUGUAGAGCCGACCGAGACGCGGCGGUCGCGGCCAUGAAGGCGGGGGCCACAUCUAUGUGGGCUUCGUGCUGUGGGCUGCUGAAUGAAGUCAUGGGAACCGGAGCGGUCAGAGGCCAACAAUCAGGAUUUGCAGGAGGCACCGGUCCAUUCAGAUUUACACCAAAUUCUGACUUUCCCACUUAUCCAUCAGCACCUACAGAAGGGCCUAAUAUAGUUUGUAAAGCCUGUGGACUUUCAUUUUCAGUCUUUAGAAAGAAGCAUGUAUGUUGUGACUGCAAGAAGGAUUUUUGCUCCGUUUGUUCAGUCUUACAAGAAAAUCUCCGUAGAUGUUCUACUUGUCACUUAUUACAAGAGACGGCCUUUCAGCGCCCUCAGCUAAUGCGACUGAAAGUGAAGGAUCUACGACAGUAUCUCAUCCUUAGAAACAUACCAAUUGACACCUGUCGAGAAAAAGAAGACUUGGUAGAUCUAGUACUGUGCCAUCAUGGGCUCGGCUCUGAGGAUGACAUGGACACAAGCAGUAUGAAUUCUUCAAGGUCCCAGACUUCUAGCUUUUUUACACAUUCAUUCUUUUCAAACUACACAGCCCCCACUGCUACCUUUCAGGGAGAGCUUAUGGGUGGAGAUCGGACCCUAGGAUCUGGAGCACUGGCACAGGUACAGACUGAAAUAGCUUCAGCAAACACAGAUGACGACGACGACGACGACGACGAUGACGAUGAUGAAGAUGAAGAAGACUUAGAGGAGCAGAAGCCUGGCCUCUCAAAGAACAGAGUAAGAGCUUCGUUGUCUGACCUGUCAAGCCUUGAAGACAUAGAAGGGAUGAGUGUUCGCCAGCUGAAAGAAAUCCUUGCUCGGAACUUUGUCAACUAUUCUGGCUGUUGUGAAAAAUGGGAGCUAGUAGAGAAAGUAAAUCGGUUAUACAAAGAAAAUGAAGAAAACCAAAAAUCAUAUGGCGAGCGGCUGCAGCUGCAGGAUGAGGAAGAUGACAGCUUGUGCCGUAUUUGUAUGGAUGCCGUCAUUGACUGCGUCUUGCUUGAGUGUGGGCACAUGGUCACCUGCACCAAAUGUGGCAAGCGGAUGAGUGAGUGUCCCAUCUGCCGGCAGUACGUGGUGCGUGCUGUGCAUGUGUUUAAGUCCUGAAGCUGAGGCUAGCCCCAUGAGGACACAGCCCCCAAGCUCAAUACCAGACAUUUCAAUACACAGAAGGGUUUGUAAAGAUACUGUUCAAAGGCUGAAGCUAUUUUUUAAAUCCUCUUCACUAAUUGGGGGCUGAAAGAUUCAUCCUAAAUUGCAGCAACACGUACCCUGCCCUAAUACCUGGCUGCUUGUGGACAUGCAUAUUCCCAGGUUCUUCCAGCUUCAUCACAGGUCUGUGAUCACUAGCUGCUGAAGUCAGACUGACUGUGGGCAUUGCCACAGCUAAGGAGGACAUUCAUCCUCUUGUUUCUCCUUCAUCCUGUUUCUAACAGAACCACUCAGAUGAGAUCACUGUCCCCAAGUGGCCAACAUGGUACAGGCUAAGCAACAGCCCCUCUGAAUGUUCACUUUUAGUCAUGUGUAUUUUAAAUGCUACUAUUCUAUUUGAUGAAUGUAAGUUUCCAUAUUGUUGCUAUUUCUGCAUUUAAAUGUAAUUGGGAACAACUGACAUUCUAGUCACCUGCCAGGGCCUUAGACUAUGUCCAUUUCUGUGCAGGUACAGCUUUUUAUAGCAAGGGCUGCAUCUAGCUUCUUUCAUUAGAGAAAUGUAUGUUUUAAAUUCUUAAUGUGUAAUCAGUUUACACUGUUUUGUAUAGUGAAAGUGUAUUUUCAGUGCUACCUGCUAGCUAAUUUGACUUUAGGAAUAAAAUUAGAUUUUAAAUGCUUUGUUUA